AUGCCUUUCCUCUACAGAGCACGAAAUAUUAGAAAUAUUAACAGAUGUCAUAAUCUGAUAAAACCUUUCUCGACAACGACUAAAGAUCCACCCAAGAUUCACUCAACUACCAAUGGUGUACAUGAUAGCGAUGAGACCUGCUCCUCUUCCCCCGGCCAGAAAUCAGCGUCAACCUCGAUUUCAACGAUUAUAAAAAAUUCCUUCGCUCGCGAAAAUGAUGUUCCUUGGACAGGCGAAGAGGAUUUAAAGACAACAGUCAUACGAAUGCUCUUGGAUAAAUACCCGCCUCUUCGCAUCAAAAGAGAGACUGUAAAGGAAUAUGUUGAUGCCCAUAGUAAACGACCAUUCGCAACACCAAAUUAUCUGCCACCGACGACUGUAUCCACAGAACCGCAUAAAGCUUCAAAGAUUUUGCAAGAGAAGAAAAAUAAAGUCAGAGAAGCCGCGAAAGGAAGAUUAGUUAAUGCUCGCGAUGCAGUUAUCGAUUAUGCAUUGCAGAAGAAAUACGGUGGUAAUGAGACGGAUAGCAAUAACAAUGCGGAUAAAGGUGCGUCAGUCACGCCCAAAUUUCCUUCGCGAGGACAGCAUCUAGCGCUCUACUCGGUCUCAGGUUGGGGCAACCUAGUUGAGCAACGUAUUCUUGAAUCGAUGGCCCGCGGACAGUUUUCCAGUCUUCCGUAUAAAGGAAAGCCUCUGCCGACCGAUCCUAACGAAUCUAAUCCUUGUCUCACUCGGACCGAGUUUUUUAUGAAUCGGCUAAUAAAAAAGCAGGGUGCUGCUCCCAAUUGGAUCGAAUUGCAAAAGGAGAUUGAUGCAGAAUUGAAAGCAUUUAGGAAACGUGUUAGGGAUAGUUGGGAGAGAAACGCCAAAACGCACGGAAAAGAGUUGGGAAAGAGAGAUCGAGAAUGGGAGGAGAGGGAAAAGGAAUAUUUUAAAAUUGCAUUGGAAAAGCUGAAUGGACGAUUGAAGAGUUAUAAUAUCAUUGCCCCAUCUGUGACUAGAAGGCCAUAUCUGAAAAUAGAGAGCGAAUUUGAAAGAGUUGUUAGCGGAUGGGAUGAGAAAAGUGAAUGA